AUGGCUUCCCCAAGACCUCCCUUUCGCACUCUUUCAAGGGCUGCUUGGCUUAUCAAUGCGAGGCGACCGUGGACAUGCACAGCGUGCAGAACUGGAGCCCCAGGGCGUUUCCAAAGCGGAGUUGCCUCCACUACGGAGAAUCUCAGGAAGCCCUACUACGUGACGACCCCGAUUUUCUACGUCAAUGCUGCCCCUCAUGUCGGUCAUUUGUACACCAUGGUCAUCGCCGACAUCGUCAAACGAUGGCAGAUUCUACUCGGCAACACUGAUGCUCAAUUACUAACCGGAACUGACGAACACGGGAUGAAGAUCCAGCAAGCAGCCCUCGCAGCCGGGAUGGACACACAAGCAUUCUGCGACAUGAACUGCCGGACCUUCGAGUCUCUAGCCAAGGCUGCAAACAUCAGCAAUGACCAUUUUAUCCGUACCACCGAUCCCGCGCACCAUGAUGCUGUCCAGUACUUCUGGGAAAUGUUGAAUCAUCGGGGUCACAUCUAUACGUCAAAACAUGAGGGAUGGUACUCGGUUAGCGAUGAAACAUUUUAUCCGCAAACACAAGUACAAAACUCCUUGGAUCCGACGACAGGCAGGAAGCGCAUGGUUUCGGUAGAAACAGGCAAAGAGGUGGAAUGGUCCUCAGAAAUCAAUUAUCACUUUCGCCUUUCUGCUUUCCAAGACCGCCUGCUGGAGCUAUACAACCGACCGAAUUCAUUCAUCACGCCAUCGAAAUAUGCGACCGCCGUGAUUCAGUCGGUUUCUUCCGGGUUGCAAGACCUAUCAAUUUCCCGACCAGCUGAAAGACUGACCUGGGGUAUUCCGGUCCCCGGCGACGAGACACAGACCAUCUAUGUUUGGUUGGAUGCACUCGUCAAUUAUCUGACCCAGGCAGGAUACCCGUUCCCUCCUGGGCAGGAAAAAUUGUCCAUCUGGCCUGCCAAUGUUCACGUUGUCGGGAAGGACAUUGUUCGUUUCCAUUGUGUCUAUUGGCCCGCCUUCCUCAUGGCUCUGGACCUCCCUCUCCCUCGGAAUGUCCUCGUGCACGGACAUUGGACAAUGAAUCGCGAGAAGAUGUCCAAGUCUACCGGCAAUGUUGUCAACCCGUUUUUCGCCAUCGACCGGUUCGGCGUGGAUGGGAUGCGAUUCUUCCUCUCCUAUCAGGGAGGCCUUCCAGACGACGCGGACUAUGACAAUUCUUUUAUCAUUCGCGAUUAUAAGAAAUGGCUUCAGGGAGGCAUUGGCAAUCUCGCACACCGCACAAUUGGGUGUGCGAAGGGGAAGCUGCGCUCGUAUAUCCAGGACGCCAUGUCUGAUAAGCUCCCCGUUGUGACCACCGCAGAUGCGGAGCACGAGGCCAUGCUGGUCAGUACACCGCUGAAGGUGGCCGAGCAUAUGACCGGGCUCAAUCCGCGUGCCGCGCUGCAGGAAAUUAUGAGCAUAAUCGAGAAGACUAACAAAUACUUCCAUGCGGCGGAGCCGUGGAAAAGCCCCAACCCCCAACGGGUUCUUUACAAUGUGGCUGAAUCGCUACGAAUCUCUGCCAUUUUGCUCCAGCCGUUCAUGCCCGGAAAGUCACGAGAGCUCCUUGAGCUGCUUCGCGUAGAUACCUCCAACCCUGCCAAGCGGGCAUUUUCGGCCACGGUCUACACCUCAGAUCCGGAUUACGGCGAGGACAUCGGGAAUGCCAUCCUGUUCCCCCCUUUACUCACUGAUGAGUAA